AUGUCCCUAUUUACAUUUUCUCCAAUUGAAUUGGCUAGAGUGGACCGAAUUCAAUUCGGUAUCUUGAAUCCAGAAGUGACUGAGAAGAUGAGUGUAUGUGAAGUACUCCAUGCGGAAACAUUUGAAAAAGGAAAACCAAAGGAAGGAGGAUUAAUGGAUCUUCGUAUGGGUACCAUUGAUCCCUCUCUUACUUGUCUAACAUGUGGAGGUAAUUCGACAGAAUGUCCUGGUCACUUUGGACAUGUGAGAAUCCAUCCUGUGUUCAAUGUACUCUUUCUCAACACAACUAUCAAAGUGCUGCAAAGUGUUUGUUAUCACUGUGGUAAACUUUUGGCAGACAAGAAUACACAUGCCUUCAAAAAGGCCUCCAAAUAUCAAAAUAGACGUAAAAGAUUCAAGGAAGUGAUAGAUUUAUGUCGAAAGGAUAAGUGCGUUGUAGGCACAGUUGGACCUACUGACGCAAAUCAACAAGCUCAAGGAGGUGAUGGACUUGUACAAGAUCCUACCACUGCCGAAUUGACAUUCCAACCUCGAAAUGGUUGUGGAGGCAUUCAACCUAAGAUAUCUAGAGAUGGCUUGAAAAUUUUUGCAGAAUUCAAGAAGGAUUCUGCCGAGGGACCAAACAAACAAGAACUUACAAAGCAAGAACUCACUGCCGAACGUGUACUUCAAAUCUUUAAGAGAAUAUCUAAUGAGGAUUUGGAAUUAUUGGGAUUUGACAGAGACAAUUCUCGUCCUGAGUGGAUGAUUAUUACGUGUCUCCCAGUUCCACCACCACAAGUUCGUCCUAGCGUGCACCACGGUUCAGGAGAUCGUUCUGAAGACGAUCUUACUCACAAACUUGCUGAUAUCAUCAAGGCAAAUGCAGCACUUCAAAGAAGUGAAAAAUCUGGUACACCACAACAUCAAAUGGAAGAAAUGGUUAGAAUGCUGCAAUAUCAUUGUGCUACAUAUGCAAAUAACGAAUUUCCUGGUAUUCCAACUUCGACCACUAAAAGUGGAAGACCUUUGAAAUCAAUCAGACAAAGAUUGAAGGGAAAGGAAGGUCGUGUUAGAGGAAAUUUGAUGGGUAAACGUGUAGACUUUAGCGCCAGAACCGUCAUUACCCCAGAUCCAACAAUUGAUAUUGAUCAAGUCGGUGUUCCUCGUUCUGUUGCUUCAAACAUGACCGUUCCAGAAAUUGUUACACCAUUCAAUUUUGAGAGAUUGAAUGAAUUGGUGAUUAAUGGUCCUUUGACUUACCCUGGAGCAAAAUAUGUCAUUCGUGAAGACGGUACACGAAUUGACUUGAGAUUUGCCUCAGGAAAAGCAAACGAUCAAAUUCAGUUGGAAUAUGGUUACAAAGUUGAGCGUCACUUGCAAGAUGGUGACGUUAUUCUCUUCAACAGACAGCCAUCCCUUCACAAAAUGUCUAUGAUGGGUCACAGAAUUAAGGUCAUGCCUUACAGUACUUUCAGAAUGAAUUUGUCUGUCACUACACCAUACAACGCUGACUUUGACGGUGAUGAAAUGAACUUGCACGUACCUCAAUCAUUGCAAACCAAAGCCGAAUUACUCGAGUUGAUGAUGGUCCCAAGAAAUAUCAUUACACCACAAAGUAACAGACCAGUCAUUGCUCUUGUGCAAGAUACAUUGUUGGCUUCUUCAAAACUUACUCGUCGUGAUGUUUUUAUUGAAAAGGAUGUCAUGAUGAAUUGUCUCAUGCACUUGUUAGACUUUGAUGGUAAAUUACCAGUUCCAGCUAUCAUGAAACCAAAACAAUUGUGGACAGGUAAACAAUUGUUCAGUUUAUUGUUGCCAAAGGUCAACUUGGAAAAUACUUCAUCCACACACGAAGACCUUACUGAAGGAAAAGAUCACUUGGAUUCAGACUUGCCAGAAUUCGACACAAAAGUGUUGAUUGACAGAGGUGAAUUGGUUUCUGGUAUUCUCGAUAAAAAGUCUUUGGGUUCCUCCCAUGGUUCUUUGAUUCACAUCAUUGUGAAUGAAAAGGGUCACAAUGAAGGAAGAAAGUUUUUGGGUGCUUGUCAAAGAGUCAUUAACCACUGGUUAUUGCAACGUGGUUUCAGUAUUGGUAUUGGAGAUACCAUUGCCGACAAAGCAACCAUGGAACAAAUCGAAGAAACCAUUAGAAAGGCCGAAAAAGACGUCAAGAAUAUUGUUAAAGAUGCACAAGAAGGAAAACUCAGAGCAGAAGCAGGUAGAACCAUUCAACAAUCUUUCGAAAAUCAAGUUAACAAGGUUUUGAACAAGGCUCGUGAAGAUGCCGGUAACAAGGCUAAAAAGUCUCUCAAGGACGACAACAACAUCAAGUCCAUGGUGACUGCUGGUUCAAAGGGUUCUUACAUUAACAUUUCACAAAUUAUUGCUUGUGUUGGUCAGCAAAACGUUGAGGGUAAACGUAUUCCAUACGGUUUCCGUAAUAGAACAUUGCCUCACUUCUCACAAGACGAUCAUGGCCCAGAAAGUCGUGGUUUCGUUGCCAACUCAUAUCUCAGAGGUCUUACUCCUCAAGAAUUCUUCUUCCACACUAUGGGAGGUCGUGAGGGUUUGAUCGAUACUGCUGUCAAGACAUCAGAAACUGGUUAUAUUCAAAGAAGAUUAAUCAAGGCUAUGGAAGACAUUAUGGUCAAAUAUGAUGGUACAGUUCGUGACGCUCAAGGAAAUGUCGUCCAAUUCUUGUACGGAGAAGACGGAAUGGAUGCUCACAAGGUUGAAUCACAGAGCAUUGACAUGAUGAACUUGAGUGAUAACAAAUUUGUUGACAAGUUUUGGUACCCAUCUCUUGGUCCAGCUCCAACUUACACUCCUGGCUCCGAAUCAUUGGCAUCGUCAGCAAUUACAAUGCCAUUAGGUGGUAUCAAUAAGGAACCUUUUGUUUCUCAAAAGAUUUAUGAAGAGAUUUUGAGAGAACCAGAACAAUUUUUGAAAGAAAUUCGUGAUGAGUACAAACAAUUGUUGUUGGAUAGAGCUGUUUUGAGAACUGAAAUUUUCCCAUCAGGUGAAACCAAGGUUGUCAUGCCUGUAAACUUGAGACGUCUCAUUAAGAAUGCUCAAAAAGAAUUUGGUAUUCACCCAAGUGCUGGAAAAGUUAGCGACUUGAACCCAAUUUACGUUGCUAAAAGUAUCAGAAAGCUAUGCGAAGAAUUGGUGGUCAUUAAGGGUACUGAUAAGCUUUCCAAAGAGGCUCAGGAAAAUGCAACUCUGCUUUUCAGCAUUUUAGUUAGAUGUACAUUUGCUUCAAAGAUUGUUUUGAAAGAGUUGUGCCUCAAUAAGGAAGCUUUUGACUUCAUUCUUGGUGAAAUUAAGAUGAGAUUCCACAAUUGUCUUGCUCAGCCUGGUGAAAUGGUGGGAUCUGUUGCUGCUCAAUCUAUCGGUGAACCUGCAACUCAAAUGACUUUGAACACUUUCCACUUUGCUGGUGUGUCUUCAAAGAACGUUACAUUGGGUGUUCCUCGUUUGAAGGAAUUGUUGAACGUUGCAAAGAAUAUCAAAACUCCAGGUUUAACAAUUUAUUUAAAGUCAGAUAUUCUUCACGAUAUGGAGCAAGCCAAACAUGUAAAGGAUGACUUGGAAUAUACAACAUUGGGUCAUGUCACUUCAUCUACACAAAUUGUCUAUGAUCCAGAACCAUAUGAAUCAGUCAUUGAAGAAGAUAGAGAAUUUAUCAGAGAAUUGAUCGAUGAAAAUAAGGAUCAAAAAUUAGAUUCCACCACACUCAAUCCAUGGGCUCUCAGAUUUGAAUUGGACAAGAUGAUGAUGAGUGAAAUGACCAUGUCACAAGUUGCAAGAAAAAUCAAGGAAGAAUUCCAAAACGACAUUACAUGCUUCUACUCUGACGAUAACGCUGAUCACUUGAUUUUGAUUGUUCGUAUUCACAAGGAUGAAAAGGAAAGAGAGAAGGAUGAACAACUCAAGAAUCCAACUGCAGAGACGAUUCAAAAAAUUGAAGAGGAGGACAUGGAAAAUAGCACAGUUGACUUUUUGAGAAGCUUGGAAUCUAACAUGUUAAACGAAUUGGCACUCAAGGGCUAUAAAGAUAUCAAGAAGGUCUUCCUUAGAGAAGAAACUGACAAGAUGACUUUCACCUCUGAAGGUCGUACCAAGACAAGUCAAUGGGUUUUGGAUACAGAAGGUUGUAAUUUAUUGGCUGUAUUGGCUCAUCCAAAAGUUGAUCAUACUACCACCGUAUCUAACGAUGUCAAUGAAAUUCUUGAUGUUUUGGGUAUUGAGGCAUGCAGAAAUGCAUUGAUGAGGGAAAUGAGAAAGGUCAUUGAGUUCGACGGUUCAUAUGUCAACUACCGUCACUUGGCCAUUUUGUGUGACGUCAUGACUCACAGAGGUAGUUUGAUGGCUAUCACUCGUCACGGUAUUAAUCGUAGCGACACUGGUCCAUUGAUGAGAUGUUCAUUCGAGGAGACUGUUGAAAUCCUUAUUGAAGCUGCUACAUUUGCUGACAUUGAUACCCUCAAGGGUGUAAGUGCUAACGUGAUGGUUGGUCAAUUGGCUCCAAUCGGUACAGGAUGUUUUGGCUUGUUUUUGGACGAAGAGUUGUUGAAGCAAGCUGUUGCAGUCAAACCAAUGUAUGUCAUGGAAACCACAGCCAAAUCUACCAUGUUUGGUUCUAUUGGUGUCUCAACACCUUAUCACACUGGAAUGGCAACACCUUAUCACUCAGUUUCAACACCUGGUUAUCAUGGAGUAUCAAGCCCUUGGACUUCAACUCCUGUGAGUAGAACUCCAUCUCCAGAGCACGGUGGCUUUAGCCCUUCACCUUACAACUCAGCAUUCUCUCCAAUUGCUGGUUCACCAACAUCACCUGGUCAUCAUGGAUAUUCACCAACUAGUCCAAGUGGUGGUUAUAGCCCUUCAUCUCCUGCUUAUUCACCAACAUCACCAAAUACUGGAGGCUAUUCACCAUCCUCACCUGCUUACUCACCAACAAGUCCAAGUUACUCGCCAACAUCACCAGCCUAUUCACCAACGAGUCCUGCUUAUUCUCCAACAAGUCCAAACUAUUCUCCUACGUCACCAGCAUAUUCGCCAACAAGUCCAAAUUAUUCUCCAUCGUCACCUGCUUAUUCACCAACAAGUCCUCGUGUGACCAGCCCAAGUUAUUCACCAUCGUCACCAGCAUACUCGCCAACAAGUCCAAGCUACUCACCUACAAGUCCAAACUAUUCACCAACGAGUCCAGCUUACUCACCAACAAGUCCAAGUUAUUCACCAUCAUCACCUGCUUAUUCACCAACGAGUCCAAGCUAUUCACCAACUAGCCCAAGUUAUUCACCAACGAGUCCUAGCUAUUCUCCAUCUUCACCUGCUUACUCACCAAAUCGUGAUGACAAUCAAUAA